GAGAGAGUGAGAGGAGAGGGAGGGAGGGAGAGGGGAGAGAGACGGAUAUCUCAGGUCAUCUGCAGCUGCAGCGAGUCUGAGGAGCCGAGGAAGGCAGGGAAGAUGGCGAUCCUCCAUUGCUGAGACCCGGCAGAAGCACAUGAGACUCCCAAACAACUUCCACAACAAUAACCCGAGCAGGAAGAGGAGAAAGAGAAAGAGGAUAAGGAGGCGGUGGGGCUGGAGAACCCGAAGCACCUCCCGGCGCCGGGACGCUUCUUCUGUUCCUGAUGUGAGAGGGUAGCGCCCAGUCAUGGAGGUGCUUCAGUGCGAUGGCUGUGACUUCCGAGCCCCAUCUUACGAAGAUCUCAAGGCUCACAUCCAGGAUGUCCACACGGCGUUCUUACAGCCGACUGAUGUUGCUGAGGACAAUGAUGAGGAGCCGCUAUCUGGGUCCGUGAAUGCUAGCAAUCAGACAGAGGUGGAGUUCUCCUCUAUAAAGGAUGAGUUUGUGAUUGCAGAGGAUUUAUCAGGUCAAAGUGCAUCUGCAUUGGGGAGUGGAAGUUGCUAUGGCCACAGUCCAGGAUAUUACGGUCAGCAUAUUACCCCUAAUCCCAAACCAACCAACAAAUUUUUUCAGUGCAAGUUCUGUGUACGCUACUUCAGGUCAAAAAAUCUCCUCAUAGACCAUACUAGGAAAGUCCAUGGAGCUCAAGCUGACGAGAGUCCCACGGGACCUCCUGUUCCAGGGUCCUUAAAUUAUAAUAUCAUGAUGCACGAAGGAUUUGGAAAGGUCUUUUCUUGCCAGUUCUGCACAUAUAAAUCACCUCGGAGGGCAAGGAUAAUUAAGCAUCAGAAGAUGUACCACAAAAACAGUCUGAAGGAGUCCACGGCGCCACCACCUGCUCCUGCUCCACUGCCAGACCCUGUGGUCCCACCUGUGUCCUUGCAGGACCCCUGCAAGGAACUACCAGCAGAGGUCGUGGAGCGCAGCAUCUUAGAAUCCAUGGUCAAACCUCUGACCAAGUCUCGAGGCAACUUUUGUUGCGAGUGGUGCAGCUACCAGACCCCCCGCCGAGAACGCUGGUGCGAUCACAUGAUGAAGAAACACCGCAGUAUGGUCAAGAUCCUUUCUAGCAUUAGGCAGCAAGACGGGACUAAUGUAUCUGAAGUGCAGAAUAAUAAUGAACCCAGCCCCACAUCCAACUCCGCCUACCUGUCCAUGAAUGCUGCAAGCCGGGAGGUGCCCAACACUAAUGUCUCCAAUUUCAGGGGCUCCAUGGGCAACUCUAUCAUGAGACCUAAUUCUUCAACUUCCAAGUUUUCUUCUAUGUCUUACCCUCAGAUGAAGCCGAAGUCACCUCAUAAUUCUGGCCUUGUGAACUUGACGGAUAGGUCCCGUUACGGAAUGUCUGACAUGACCAAUUCAUCCGCUGACCUGGACACUAACAGCAUGCUAAAUGACUCUAGCUCUGAUGAGGACUUAAACGAGGUAGACAGUGAGAACGGCUUGAGUGUUCUAGAUCACCAGGCAUCAGGACUGUCUGCAGAGCAGCUGAUGGGCUCUGAUGGCAACAAGCUGUUAGAGACCAAGGGGAUUCCGUUUCGAAGGUUCAUGAAUAGGUUCCAGUGUCCCUUUUGUCCUUUCCUCACCAUGCACCGUCGCAGCAUUUCCCGUCACAUAGAAAAUAUCCACUUAUCUGGAAAGACAGCUGUCUACAAAUGUGACGAGUGUCCGUUUACUUGUAAGAGCUCAUUAAAACUUGGGGCUCAUAAACAGUGUCACACGGGUACGUCGGACUGGGAUACUGUGAAUUCUCAAAGUGAGAGCCUGUCUUCCUCGUUGAAUGAAGGAAUGGUAUCUUAUGAGAGCUCCAGCAUCAAUGGUAGAAAGUCGGGAGUCAUGUUGGACCCCUUGCAGCAGCCGCAGCCACCGCAGCCACCUCCACCACUACCACCACCACCACCACCACCACCACCAUCAUCACAGCCACUGCAGCAGCCUCCACCGCCACAGCUGCAGUCACCACACCAGGUGCCACCUCAGCCACAGCCACCACCGACACAGCAGCCACAGCCACCCGCACAGGUCCCACCUCUGCACCCGUACAAGUGCACCAUGUGUAGUUACUCCACCAUGACUCUGAAAGGGCUAAGAGUCCAUCAGCAGCACAAACACUCAUUCUGCGACAACUUGCCAAAAUUCGAGGGGCAGCCCUCGAGCCUACCACUGGAAAACGAGACAGAUAGCCACCCCUCUUCUAGCAACACUGUGAAGAAAAGUCAGACCUCAAUUCUUGGAUUGUCCUCCAAGAAUAACUUUGUAGCCAAGGCCUCCCGGAAGCUUGCUAAUGACUUCCCUCUUGACUUGUCACCUGUGAAGAAGAGAACACGCAUCGACGAGAUAGCCAGCAAUUUGCAGAGCAAAAUCAACCAGACCAAACUGCAGGAAGAUGCAAUCAUCAAUGUCGAGGACGAUGAGGAGGAAGAGGAUGACCACGAAGUAGAGAUCGAAGUUGAGCUGGACCGGGAAGAGGAGCCGACGGAUCCCCUCAUGGAGGUUCCCGCUGCCUUUGCAGCCCAACAGAUCUGGGCCAGAGAUGCCAGUGAGUCCCAGAAGGAGCCCAACUACAGAAGUAUCACCCACGAUUACACUGCCACCAACGGGGCCGAGAUCGAACUCACACUUUCCGAGGAUGAGGAGGAUUACUAUGGUUCUUCAACAAGCAUGAAAGAUCACCAAGUGUCCAACGCGGCUCUGCUGAACACGCAGCCCCCUAUCUAUGGGACGGAACACAGUAAUGAAAAUACUGAUUUUGGUGACUCUGGAAGGCUUUACUAUUGUAAACACUGUGACUUUAAUAAUAAAUCUGCCCGGAGUGUUAGCACCCACUACCAGCGAAUGCACCCAUACAUUAAGUUCAGCUUUAGGUAUAUCUUGGACCCCAAUGAUCACAGUGCAGUGUACAGGUGCCUGGAAUGCUAUAUUGACUACACCAACUUUGAAGACCUCCAACAGCAUUAUGGCGAACACCACCCAGAGGCCAUGAAUGUACUCAACUUUGACCAUUCAGACCUGAUCUACCGAUGUCGGUUUUGUUCCUACACGAGCCCGAAUGUCAGAAGCCUGAUGCCACAUUACCAAAGAAUGCAUCCCACGGUGAAAAUCAACAAUGCUAUGAUCUUUUCAAGCUACGUUGUAGAGCAGCAGGAAGGGCUGAACGCUGAGUCCCAGACCCUACGGGAGAUUUUGAAUUCAGCUCCCAAGAGCAUGACGACAUCCACGCCUGUGGCUCGUGGUGGUGGUGGUAUGCCAGCUACGUUCAACAAAAACACGUCUCCCAAGACCUUUGCUCCAGAAUGUGAAAACCAGAAGGACCCUUCGGUGAACACUGUUGUCGUUUAUGACUGUGACGUUUGCUCGUUUGCGAGCCCCAACAUGCACUCUGUCUUGGUUCACUAUCAGAAGAAACACCCUGAAGAAAAGGCCUCGUACUUUAGGAUCCAGAAAACCAUGCGCAUGGUGUCUGUGGACAGAGGCUCUGCCCUUUCCCAAUUAUCAUUUGAGGUGGGUGCUCCAAUGUCUCCCAAAAUGUCCGGCGUAGGUUCCCCGCCCCCCCCACAGCCCCCACCUCCAGACCUCAGUAUUGAGCUUUACUAUUGCAAACACUGCUCCUACAGCAAUCGGUCAGUUGUGGGGGUGCUUGUCCACUACCAGAAAAGACACCCAGAAAUAAAGGUCACUGCCAAAUAUAUCAGACAGGCUCCUCCCACAGCUGCCAUGUUGAGAGGGGCUGAAGGGCUCCAAGAUUCCCCUCGCCCUCCUGCCCCCAUGCAGCUCAACCGGAGCAGUUCUGAGAGAGAUUGCCCUCCUGUGGAGACCGAGAUGUUCUUUUGCCAGCACUGUGAUUAUGGGAACCGGACGGUCAAAGGCGUCCUCAUUCAUUAUCAGAAGAAGCACCGGGACUUCAAGGCCAAUGCCGAUGUGAUCAGGCAGCACACGGCCACCAUCAGAAGCCUCUGUGAACGGAACCAGAAGCCUGCCAGUUGUGUGCUUCUCCCUGCUUCCGGUAUGGAACGGGACAAAACGAAACUCCGAGCGCUCAAAUGUAGGCAGUGCUCUUAUACCUCCCCCUAUUUCUAUGCACUGAGGAAGCAUAUCAAGAAAGACCACCCUGCCCUGAAGGCCACAGUCACGUCCAUCAUGCGGUGGGCGUUUCUAGAUGGCUUGAUAGAAGCUGGCUACCACUGCGAGUGGUGUAUCUAUUCCCACAUGGAGCCCAGCGGUUUGCUCCUGCAUUAUCAGAGGAGGCACCCUGAGCAUUAUGUAGAUUACACUUACAUGGCCACCAAACUCUGGGCUGGGCCAGACCCAUCCUCUCCCACUCUUUCCAUGUCAGCGGAAGCCAAAACAUACAGGUGCAGGGACUGUGUUUUUGAAGCCGUCUCCAUCUGGGACAUCACCAAUCAUUACCAAGCAUUCCACCCCUGGGCCAUGAAUGGUGACGAAUCUGUGUUGCUGGAUAUCAUCAAGGAGAAAGAUGGCGUGGACAAGGCCCUCCUUGCACCCGAAGAGUUGCUAGGCCCCAUGAGUUGUGAAAACAGUAUGCCCAAUCCCCUUCCCGAGCAGGAAACCGAGUGCCCAGAGGAUGCCAGACUUUCCCCAGAGAAAAGCAUUCAUUUGGCUUCAGCUAAUCCUGCGAUCUCUUCCACCCCGUACCAGUGUACCGUGUGCCAGUCCGAGUACAACAACUUGCACGGCCUCCUCACCCACUAUGGGAAGAAGCAUCCUGGUAUGAAAGUGAAGGCUGCUGACUUCGCCCAGGAUAUAGACAUCAACCCAGGUGCCGUCUACAAAUGCAGGCAUUGUCCGUACAUCAACACGCGCAUCCAUGGCGUCCUGACCCAUUACCAGAAGCGACACCCGGCCAUCAAGGUGACCGCCGAGGACUUUGUGCAUGAUGUGGAACAGUCAGCUGACAUAUCCCAGAAUGACGUAGAGGAGACAAGUAGGAUUUUCAAACAAGGGUAUGGUGCCUACCGCUGCAAGCUGUGUCCUUAUACCCACGGCACUCUGGAGAAACUCAAAAUCCACUAUGAGAAGUACCACAACCAGCCUGAGUUUGACGUCUUUUCCCCAUCUCCCCCGAAGCUGCCAGUGUCCCUUGAACCUGAGAUAACCACUGAAGUGAGCCCCUCCCAGGUCUCCAUGACGGAGGAGGAGGUAGGAGAGGAUUCUAUGUCCACUGCUCACUUCUCUACCUCGCAUCUGGUCUCCCACACUGUGUUCCGGUGCCAGCUUUGCAAGUACUUCUGCUCCACUCGGAAGGGCAUUGCCCGGCACUACCGGAUCAAGCACAAUAACGUCCGUGCCCAGCCCGAGGGCAAAAACAAUCUCUUCAAGUGUGCCCUGUGUGCCUACACCAACCCCAUCCGCAAGGGCCUGGCAGCCCACUACCAGAAGCGCCACGACAUUGAUGCGUAUUACACCCACUGCCUUGCAGCCUCCAGGACCGUCAGUGACAAGCCGAACAAAGUGAUCAUCCCGUCCCCACCCAAAGAUGACUCUCCUCAGCUGAGCGAGGAGCUGCGGCGGGCUGUCGAGAAGAAAAAGUGUUCCUUAUGUUCUUUCCAGUCGUUCAGUAAGAAAGGCAUUGUGUCCCAUUAUAUGAAGCGACACCCGGGGGUGUUCCCAAAGAAGCAGCAUGCCAGCAAGCUGGGGGGCUACUUCACAGCUGUCUAUGCAGACGAACACGAGAAACCCCCACUGAUGGAGGAAGAGGAGAGGGGCGGCUUUGAGAGGGCCGAGGUGGAAGGUGAAGCUCAAGACAUGGAGUGGCUCCCGUUCCGCUGCGUCAAGUGCUUCAAGCUGUCCUUCAGCACGGCAGAGUUGCUGUGCAUGCAUUACACAGACCACCACAGCAGGGACUUAAAGAGGGACUUCGUCAUCCUAGGCAGCGGCCCCCGCUUCCAGAGCCCCACCUUCCAGUGUAAGCACUGUGAUAGCAAAUUGCAAAGCAUAGCCGAGCUGACCUCACACUUGAACAUUCACAAUGAGGAAUUCCAGAAGCGUGCCAAACGCCAGGAGAGGAGGAAACAGCUUUUGAGCAAGCAGAAAUAUGCAGAUGGUGCUUUUGCAGAUUUCAAACAAGAGAGGCCUUUUGGUCACUUAGAAGAGGUGCCAAAGAUCAAGGAGCGGAAAGUGGUGGGCUACAAGUGUAAAUUCUGCGUGGAAGUGCAUCCAACGCUUCGGGCCAUCUGUAACCACCUCCGGAAACACGUCCAGUAUGGCAGUGUCCCGGCUGUGUCAGCUGCUGUGAAGGGGCUGCGUUCUCAUGAGAGGAGCCACCUGGCCUUGGCCAUGUUUACCCGAGAGGACAAGUACAGCUGCCAGUAUUGCUCCUUUGUUUCUGCAUUCAGACACAACUUGGAUCGCCAUAUGCAGACCCACCACGGACACCACAAACCAUUCCGCUGCAAACUCUGCUCUUUCAAGUCCUCCUACAACAGCCGGUUGAAGACACACAUCCUCAAAGCCCAUGCUGGUGAGCAUGCCUACAAAUGUUCUUGGUGCUCAUUUUCCACCAUGACAAUCAGCCAGUUGAAGGAACACUCCCUCAAGGUCCAUGGAAAAGCCCUGACCCUUCCCCGGCCACGGAUUGUCAGUCUCCUCUCCUCACAUGCCCACCACUCCUCUCAGAAGGCUACCCCAGCUGAAGAAGUGGAAGACUCCAAUGACUCCUCUUACUCGGAACCCCCCGAUGUUCAGCAGCAGCUGAAUCACUACCAGUCAGCUGCCCUGGCAAGAAACAACAGCCGUGUUAGCCCGGUGCCUCCUCCUGGGACUGGUGCUGGCUUGGAACAGAAGGCAGAAGCUGUUCUUCACUGCGAAUUCUGUGAAUUCUCCUCUGGCUACAUCCAGAGCAUCAGGCGCCAUUACCGGGACAAGCAUGGUGGGAAGAAACUUUUCAAAUGCAAAGACUGCUCCUUUUACACGGGCUUUAAAUCUGCUUUUACUAUGCACGUGGAAGCUGGCCAUUCGGCGGUCCCAGAGGAAGGCCCCAAAGAUCUCCGCUGUCCUCUCUGCCUCUAUCACACCAAAUACAAACGCAACAUGAUCGACCACAUAGUGCUGCACCGAGAAGAGCGAGUUGUCCCCAUUGAAGUGUGCCGUUCCAAACUGUCAAAAUACUUACAGGGAGUAGUUUUCCGCUGUGAUAAGUGUACCUUCACCUGCUCCAGUGACGAGAGUCUCCAGCAACACAUAGAAAAGCACAAUGAACUGAAACCUUACAAAUGCCAGCUCUGCUACUAUGAGACCAAGCACACGGAGGAACUGGACACUCACCUUCGGGAUGAGCAUAAGGUCAGCCGUAACUUUGAGCUGGUUGGCCGGGUUAACUUGGAUCAGCUGGAACAGAUGAAGGAGAAGAUGGAGAGUUCCAGCAGCGAGGACGAGGACAAGGACGACGAAAUGAGCAGCAAGGCGGAGGACAGAGAGCUGAUGAGAUUUUCUGACCGGGGGCCUGGUGUGAAUACAGAGAAGCGAUUUCCAUGUGAAUUCUGUGGACGGGCAUUCUCACAGGGUUCUGAGUGGGAAAGACACGUAUUGAGACAUGGCAUGGCAUUGCAUGAUACCAACCAGGUGAGCAGGAAUGAAAUCCACCCAAAGGAGAUGGUGGAGGAAAGUCUGCAGCUGCCCUCCAUAGAGGCCAAGGAAGACGAUGAGCCGAUCGGGAUAGACUUUCCCCUGAAGAGCGAAACAGUAACCAUCUGUGUAGUAGCUGCCGACAAAUCUCUCCUGGAGAAUGCAGAGGCCAAAAACGAAUAAGAGUUUGGUGAAAUUCUUAUCAAACCUUACUUGAACCGUGAUGAAAAUGUGGGCGGGCCAGCGUGGGCUGAGAAGGGAGGGGACAGACAGAGAAGAUAAGACAGAACAAAGCUGCUUUUAGGACUGAGCGAUCUAUUUUCAAAGCACUGGUACCUGUGUGAGUGAGUAUGUAAAUUAAAGUUAUUUAAAUGGUUGGAAUAUGUGGCUCCUCUCCUGUCACUACAUCCUUCCUUCCGGAUCUUCACCUCGGAAGUUUUCAUCUGCUGCGGUUUGGGAAAUACCUUCCACGGGCACGGCGGUCUCCAUGACCCUCUCGGACAGUGCGUGGAAACCGAGGCUCCUGGACACAGAAGACUUCUCUCCUCGGGGAACAACUUUUGGGCGCACAACUUUCAGUGCGUUUUUCUAGUUUUAAUACCUUAAGCUUUUUCAAGACCUAACUGCAGCCGCUUUGGGAAAAAAAAUAACAAAACAGAAAACAAACAAAAAACUGCUUUGCAUAAAACAGUCACCUGUUUCCUAGUACCUCAGACUUAACCAAGGGAAUUCUCUGCAUUUGUCUGUACUACCUGUCGCCCUUGUGGUUAAAUGUAGAGAGAACUGCUGGACAGGAUGGUGAAUGGAGAAAAAAAAGAGUUUUAAAGAAAGGAACACAAAUUGUGCUUAAAAUCCCCACGUGGGUUUUAUUUCUUAAAAUACUGUGAUUUUUUUAAUUAUUUUAGUAAAAAACAAAACAAAAAAAAAAGAAACAGACUUUAAUUACUAGAUAACUGUGUGUGAAUUGUCAUCUUGUAUUCCAGGUAAGCUGUUUAUUAGUGUUCAGCUAUAAUUUAGAAUUUGGUAGGUUCAUGUGAACUAAUUUUAUGGUGAUUGUGGGAUUUCGUUGGCCACAUGUUUAUUUUUCUCUCGACUUGAGUGUUACAAACACAGCACAAAUUCAGUUGUUCUUUCUUCAUAUGAGCUGUUCUUUGUGUGUUUGUUUGAUUUGAGGUCAAGGGAGAGUUAGAGGGUGUGGGUGUGUGGUGUGUGUGUGUGUGUGUGUGAAUUUUUAUAAUUUUAAACAUGAACAUAACAAAGAGGUUAACUUCCUUUUUAAAUUUGUUUUUGUGUUUGUAUUCUUUUUAAUUUAACUAAAGAACCAAACUCCUAGCACAGCUAUGCAGUGUGGGGGCCAGACAAAGAGGUCCUAUCACCCUUUUGGGUUUUUUGUUUUUUUUUUUCCAAACCAACAUAUCAUGCGUCUCACCAACAAUGUCUGUUACAUUGGGCCGGCUUUCGUGUGUGCUGUGAACUCUGUAUUUUGUUUGCUUUGUGUAUUGUGAGGCUGUCUCAUUUCUUUUCGGAGCCCUCCCUUUCGUGAGCUUGGACAGGAGAAGGCAGGUCCUGCAGGGAGCCCGGAGAAGUGCUUCUUUCUUUGUAUCUAGCUGCUCUGUUUCCCCACAGUGGCUUUUUCCCCCCAAGAGCAGCUUAGACUAAAAGCAAGUCUACAUUUAUAGCACAUUAUGAUUGUGAACAAGGAGUUUCGUUCCAAAAAGUAGAAAGGAACUUUCUUGAAGCUUAGAGGUGUGUGUGUGUGUGUGUGUGUGUGUGUGUGUGUACACAUGUACAUGUGCUAGUGUUUGGAUGUAUGUGUGUGGGCAAAUACGAGUCCUUGGUUUUGUUUCUUUUGUUGUCCUUGUUUGGUUUUUGUUUUUGUUUUUUGUUUUUUUAGUUUGGGUUUUGUUGGGAUUUUUUGGGUUUUUUUUGUUUUGUUUUUUUUGUUUUUUUUUAAC